AUCUAUUUCUUUCAUGCAGGAGUUGGGAGUUUCACCCAGAAAAGAGCGCAAAAAACAAGGCCAACCGAACGAUUGCUUCUCCUGAAGCGAGAUCCCUUUCUCCCCCAAAGCCGCGGGAUAUGACUCUAAGCACCACAAGCUCAACUCCUAAGGAGGCACAAGACAUCAAUGGGAGGAUAUGAGCAUAACGAGAAUGGGCCACACAAAAAGUCACGCGAGGGUUCCAGCUUGCCAGCCAUCGUUUCCGCGGAGACUCCGACUCCCCGAGGGCCAAUUGACCAGUCAGCACGUCUCCUCGGCACGGUGGAGCACGAAACCGAACAAGCACAAGGCCAGAGAAGAACAAAUCGGGGCCCUGUCGGGAUGGUGGAGUAAAAUAAGCCAUGAAAUGUCGCGCCAC